AGGGAUUAUAUACUGGACAGGAUUGAGAUCCUGUGUCUAUGUUCAUAUACAUCCCUAUACGGAAUCAAUGAUUGAAGCCAGUCAAAUUGAGUUUGGUGAAACUUGUCGUCUUGAUGGCUCCUAUUUCUUGUGUCGGCAUGAUCAUAUAAAGAAGCUGGCAAAUAUGUUGGAGAAAGUCCCUGUUAGUAUGGCAAUGAGCAUGCCAAAAGGAUCUGCUCGAAAUGAUGCGGAACUCCUAGAUCAUGAGACUAAAUAUCAAGUUGUUGAAGAAAUGGCAACAUAUAUUGCUGAUUUAUUGUGUCAAUCUUUCAUCAAAGCUUCUUGGAAGCCAGAAACUAGGCAAGAAGGGAAACCAAGACUUCAACAAAAGGAAGAUGGUCAUGAGAGGCGGAAAGGAGAUGGUUAUAAGAGGCUUAAUCCACUCGUCAUUCUGGAUUCUUUUGUAUCGACCUCAAUGAAGAGAAUUUUGGAACAAAAAGAUUAUGAAAUGAUUGAAAAGCGAGUCUAUAAA